CUUUUUAUUCCGUGACGCUUCUUGUUUGCAACAGACGUCAGUCGUUACUUCAAAGAAUGGCGGGUCAUCUGGCAUUUGAGGAAAGAGGCUGGCUCGAUCCGCAGAGAGGCGGUUACCUUCCAUGACCGUACUAGAUAGAGUCGAGUCCACAGCUAGAAUGCUACCGGUAGCUACAAGGUCAGGCCAGAAUCUAAAAUCAUCAGCCACUUUGCGACAGUCGUUCUGGGGUCUCGCCGCACAAAUCUCCCGUAAUAAUCGGAGUUUCGGAGCAGUCAGCAGCAGCAAAUUAGCAUAUUGCAACCCGCACAAUUCGUCCGACCGAAGAAGCUUGUUCCAGGAAGCCCAUUCCAAACUCCGUUUAACUCGAUCCAAGUAACAUCGUCUACCUUUGAGCUUCAUCUCGACGCUAUCUUCUUUUGUCAGUUAUCAUUUGGAUCAGCAAGUCAACUUAACAUGCAGAACCGAUUACUCGAAGAGCUAUUGCGCCGGCGUCAGCAAGAACAGCUCUUGCAGCAGUUAGGAUCCGCAGCUACUCAGUUGAAUUCGACCACUAUGAGUCUGUCGUCGUCCUUGGGAGGCACAGGGACAAAUAAUUCCAAUGCCUUGUCUUUGGCUGGGAAUCCCUUACCGGCUGCUCCUGCUCCAUGUACGGCCGCUUCUCCGAUAUUAGUGUUAGAGCUUCAGAGACGGCUUCUUAACGGCGGCGGUGGCGGCCUUGGCAAUACUGCGGCAAGUGGUAUGGGUCUCGCUCCAGCGGCGGCUUCUUUGGAUUUGAGUAGUCUCCUUGGAAACAACACUUCCGCUAGUUUGACAGCAGUGCUUGGUGCCCUAGCCUCAGGAUCCGCCAAUAAUGCUGGGUCCAAUGAGGACUUGCUGCGGAGCAUGGCUGCCAACAAGGUCUUCUUUUUAAGUCAAGCUCUGACGCCUCUUCCGCCUGGAGGUACUGAUGCCGCGUCCCUCUUGUCAACUCUGGCAAGUCAUGGUGCGGCACCCGGGGCUGCUAGUGUAUCACCCGCACCCGCAGAGACAAACUCAAAUUUGGCGCCUAUGGCGCAGACGAAAAGUGUUGUAGACGGAGGAUCUCCGCGCCAUACUCUGUGUGAUUACAUGCCCAGGGAGCUCUCAAGACACGAACAACUCAUAGGAAUGCCGCCGUCCACAGAGGGUCUUUGGAGGCAGGUUCCUGAAAUCUGCAAACUGCAAUUGCAAUUCCUACAAGCUGCCAAGAGACAACGGUUGCUGACCAGUAACAAUGGCAGUAACAAUGGCAGUAACAAUGGCAGUAACAACUCUCCCGCUGACAUCCAGGCUGCUGCCAGCCUUCUGCAUCAGCAGCAGCAAGAAUCUAGGUGCAUAUCAACGCAACAGCACACACCCUCCAGCCUGCGUCUGUCUCAAUUGCAUGUUUUAAGCAGCACUGGACGACCCAAAUGGAGAGGAAGCAAGCCGCCGUCCCUGUUAUGA